AUGCGGAAUACUAAGCGCCAAUCAGCACCUCUUGUUAUCAGUAUGAAGGUUCUCGUCAUCCUUGCUCAUCCUGAGCCCCAAUCCUUCAAUGGCUCUCUUUUCCAAGUCUCUGUCAACGAGCUCAAAGCUCAAGGUCACCAAGUCAAGACCUCAGACCUGUACUCGAUGAAAUGGAAAACUGAGAUUGAUCGCGCAGACUUUCCUGAUCUAGCGACCGAUGCCCGUCUCAAGGUUGCUUACGCAUCAAGGGAUUCAUACACAUCAGGGAACCUCACCAAGGACGUCAAAACCGAACAAGAAAAGCUACUCUGGGCCGAUGUCGUCCUAUUUCACUUUCCCCUCUGGUGGUAUACUAUGCCCGCCAUUCUAAAGGGCUGGGUCGAAAGAGUGUUUUCUAUGGGUUUCGCUUAUGGAUAUGGUGAACAUAGCGAUAAGCAUUACGGCGACAGAUAUGGCGAGGGAGUGUUUGCGGGAAAGCGAGCAAUGCUUGUCGUUACUGCAGGGGGCCAAAAAGAGCACUUCUCGACACGUGGAAUCGCGGGUCCCAUUGACGACUUACUAUUCCCUAUCAAUCAUGGGGUGCUAUACUAUCCCGGGUUUCAGGUUCUUCCAUCUCACAUCGUUUAUCAGACUGAUAGACUGGAUGAAGCUGGAUUUGAGAAGGAAGCGGAGGCGCUUCGUGAGAAGCUGAGGCAUUUAGAAACCACUAAGCCCAUUGCUUAUAGGUCACAAAAUGGAGGUGAAUAUGAGAUACCCUCCUUGACUCUGAAGCCAGGGUUGGAGGGGAAAAACGCGAGUGGGUUUUCGAUACACAUUCGUGACGGCGGAGUUGCCAACGAGUGA